AUGGGAACAGUACGCCCGGAGCAGAAUGCUCGUCCUUGGCUCUGCCUCCUCCUCCUGCUGGGCUUCUUGGUGUCCACUUCAGCAGCCUGGGACCUGGUUGUACUCCACACCAAUGAUGUUCAUGCUCGAGUGGAGGAGACCAGCGAGCAAUCCGGGAAAUGCAGCAGCAGCAGUGGGUGUUUUGCCGGGGUGGCCCGGAGAGCCACGAUGAUCAAGAGGAUCCGCAGCAACGAGAGCAACGUGCUGCUGCUGGACGCUGGAGACCAGUUCCAGGGGACUAUCUGGUUCAACCACUACAAGGGAGGAGCUGAGGCUGCGUAUUUUAUGAACGAACUGGGGUAUGACUGCAUGGCUUUUGGAAAUCACGAGUUUGAUAAUGGAGUGGAGGGACUCAUGAGACCGUUCUUGGAGCAGAUCAAUUUUACGGUUCUCAGCGCCAACAUCAAAACAGACAAAACUCUGGCCUCAACGUUUGGCAGCUCUUAUUUACCUCAUAAGAUCCUUACUGUUGGCAGCGAGAAGGUGGGAGUGAUUGGAUACACAACACAGGAGACUCCUGUAGUGUCAACACCUGGACCACACUUGCAGUUUGAGGACGAGGUGACUGCCGUGCAGCUGCAGGUGGUUGAACUGCAGAAGCAGGGAGUCAAUAAGAUCAUUGCACUGGGUCACUCAGGCAUUGAUGUGGAUAAGGAGAUCGCCAAGAAGGUCAGCGGAGUGGACCUUGUCAUCGGUGGACACAGCGACACUUUCCUCUAUACAGGAUCCCCUCCUUCUACUGAAGUCCCUGCUGGUUCUUAUCCACUCAUGGUGCAAUCAGACGAUGGGUGGCAGGUUCCUGUUGUGCAGGCCUAUGCCUUUGGAAAAUAUCUGGGUCAUCUGAAGGUGACCUUUGACAAUGCUGGGAAUGUGGUAAAUGCCACAGGAAACCCCAUCCUGCUGGACAGCAAUAUCCCACAGGAUCCAGAAGUUCUUGCUGACGUGGAGGAAUGGAAAAAGGGUCUGGCCAACUACUCAACUCAAGUGGUGGGAAACACUCUGGUCUUCCUGAAUGCGUCACGUGAGGAGUGUCGAUUUGGGGAAUGCAACAUUGGAAACCUGAUCUGUGAUGCCAUGGUCGACAACAACAUCAGGUUCUCAGACAGUGUUCAGUGGAACCACGUCAGUGCCAGCAUCUUCAACGCAGGAGGCAUUCGCAAGUCUAUUGAUGAACGUACCAGGAACGGUUCAAUCACCAUGGAGGACGUGAUCGCUGUCUUACCUUUUGGAGGGACUAUGGACCUGCUGGAGCUGAAGGGAUCGACAUUGUUUAAAAUCUUUGAACACGCAUUGAAACGAUAUGGCCAGAGCAAAGGAGAGUUCCUCCAAGUAUCAGGAAUUCAAUUCGAGUUUGACCCCUCUAAACCAGAGGGGAAUCGUGUGAUGAGCCUCAGCAUCCUCUGCGUGAAGUGUCGAGUUCCUCGCUACGAGCCUGUUCAACCGGAGACGGUUUAUAAAGUGGUGAUGCCAUCCUUCAUAGCGCAGGGUGGAGAUAGAUACUCCAUGAUCCCAGACGAGAGGCUCAACCACGACACAGGGAAUUUGGACAUCGCAGUCCUGUCUGAAUACAUCAUGAAAAACCAGAAAGUUUAUACGCCUCUUCAAGGACGCAUUAAGGUCCUCAACUCAACCUCUGGACAAACCACUCCACUGGUUAUUCUGGUCUCACUUGGGCUGCUGUGGUCUCUGUGUGGGAGCAUGGAAGGCUGACUUUAACCAGAAACACAACUUAAACCCUUUCUCUCCUAGUGGAGCACAGGUCAUCCACAAAUCUUUUCCAGUGCUCGCUGAUUUGGGCCACUUUCUGCAGUUCCAAUUUUACGUCACUUUCUUGGCCUCUAUGUCUGGUGACCUCCA